AUGGAUAAAAGUUAUCCUUGUAUGAAAGACGGUUCUUGCAAGAAUCACUGUCCAAAAAAUUUCUGCCCUCAUACAACCCAUGGUGAAGACAUUUAUCCAUAUUAUAGGAGAAGGGAUGAUGGCAAGAAAGUGAGAAUUCGCAGAUUCACCCUUGAUAAUAGGUGGGUUGUGCCUUACAACCCCUAUCUUCUUGCUUUGUUCGAUUGUCACAUGAACGUGGAGAUUUGUUCUACCAUUAAAUUGGCCAAGUACUUGUAUAAGUAUGUGUUCAAAGGGCAUGAUCUGGUUUGCUUUAGGAUUAUGGCGGAUGAUAGUGCUACUGAUACUGACGAGAUUAAAGAGUUCCAAAAAGGUCGAUACAUUUCACCUCCGGAAGCGUUUUGGCGCAUCUAUGAGUUUCGUUUAAAUGAGAUGACCCCGUCUGUUUAUACUCUCCAAGUCCACCUUCCGAAUCAGCAGCUUGUUUCUUUUCCAAAGAACUCGGAUUUGCUGCAAUUGUUAGCUAAAGUUGAUUUUUCUAAGACCAUGCUGACUGAGUUUUUCAAAAUGAAUGCAACCAACGCAGCUGCUGAAAACCUUAAAUGCUUUUAUAAAGAUUUCCCUCAGCAUUUCAUCUGGUCUUCUAAAUAUAAACACUGGACAGAAAGAAAGCGUUGGAAGGUGAUAGGUAGGCUCGUCAGUGUUAAUCCAAAAGAGGGAGAAAGGUACUAUCUAAGACUUCUCUUAAACCAUAUUCCAGGACCAAUAUCAUUCGAUGAUCUCUUGACUGUUCAUGAUAAAAAGAUGAAGUCAUUUAGGGAGGCUGCUUUGGCAUUUGGUUUGUUGCAAUCUAAUACAUAUAUAGAAGAAACGCUUGAGGAAGCUGCUGCAUUUCAAAUGCCAUGUUCGCUCAGAUUGUUAUUUGCUACUCAUCUGGUCUAUUGUUCUCCAACUGAUCCCGUGAUGUUAUGGAGAAAAUUUGAAUUUGACUUUUCUAGAGACUAUGAGCGGUAUGAACAAUAUCAUGACUAUUCUCCCGCUCAAAUUAGGGGCUUGGUUUUAGCUGAUAUUAACAGAUCGCUUCAGCAGAUGGGUACAAGCAUUGCUGCCUAUCAGUUGCCAUUAGAUGAUCUUGUUAGUGUAGAUCAGGUUCACCUAACAAAAGAAAUAGAAUCUGAAAGAAACAUAGACAUUCUGCCAGAAGAUCUAUUGAUGUCUUUCAGAUUAAAUCCCCAACAAAAGUAUGCUUAUGACAUCAUUCUACAAGCAUGCUUUGCUUCCCAAGGACAUUCUUUUUUUAUUGAUGGUCCUGGAGGUACCGGUAAAACCUUUUUAUACCGGUCGCUGCUUGCUACUUUGAGAUCGCAAGGCUUUAUAGCCAUUGCAGUAGCAACCUCUGGAAUUGCUGCAUCUAUCCUACCUGGAGGAAGAACUGCACACUCAAGGUUCAAAAUACCUCUUGAUUUCUCGAAGAGCAGAACCUGCCAGCUUAGCAAGCAAGGCGGUGUUGCAAGGCUGCUCUCACAGUCAAAACUGAUCUUAUGGGAUGAAGCUUCCAUGGCAAAAUGGGAAACUAUUGAGGCAUUUGAUGAUUUGCUUAGAGACAUAAUGGAAUCUGAACUGCCUUUUGGGGGUAAAGUUGUUGUAUUUGGUGGGGAUUUUCGUCAAACACUGCCUGUUAUUGAGCAAGCAACAAAGGAAAUCCUUUUGCAGUCAUGCUUUCUCAAUUCUCCAUUGUGGGAUAAACUUCAUAAACUGAAGUUGACAGAAAACAUGCGAGCUAUAUUAGAUCCUCACUUUUCUGACUUCUUGUUAAGAAUUGGCGAAGGGCGUGAACCUGUGGAUUUCGACGGUGAAAUAACUUUGCCAAGAGAUUUAGCCAUUCCUUAUUAUGAUAAAGAAGAGUCCUUAAACAGGUUACUAUACUCUGUAUUCCCAGAUUUAACUCUCUAUUCCCAGGAUCCAUAUAGCAUGAUAAAUAGAUGUAUUCUUACCCCUAAAAAUAGCUCGGUUGAUGAGCUGAAUGAUAUCCUAAUUAGAAGGUUUCCUGGAGAGCUUAGCACUUAUAUUUGUUCCGACAAAACUGUUGAUCAGCGGCACCAAGGGGAUUAUGAAGAUUUCCUUAAUUCUCAGAACCCAAAAGGCCUACCUCCUCACAGGUUAAUGUUAAAGGAAAAUUGUCCAAUUAUACUGAUAAGAAAUCUAAAUCCUGUUGAAGGUCUAUGCAAUGGCACAAGACUUAUAUGUAGAGAGCUUGGCCGGCAUACUAUCUCUGCUGAAAUUGUCUUCGGCCAGCAUCAAGGAAAGAAAGUUCUCAUUCCAAAGAUACCCUUGCAAACUCCUGACAACCAAAAGAACUCCAUUGCAUUCAUAAGAACUCAAUUUCCUGUUCGCCUCUGCUUUGCAUUGACCAUUAAUAAAUCUCAAGGACAAACUCUCGAUUAUGUUGGCAUUUACUUGCAAGAGCCUGUCUUUUCUCAUGGACAGUUAUAUGUAGCCUUGUCCAGAGUUAGAACUUCAGCUGAGCUAAAAAUACUUAUUGUACCAGGAACUUUUGAUGGUAUAAAAACGGAUUGCAAAACUAGAAAUAUUGUGUUCAGUGAAGUUUUUCAAUUGAGCCAGCAGUAG